AAACCCUUGUUCCCUCCCUUAUUUUCCCGCUCUCUAUUGCUCCAUAAAAAUCCGCCCUAAUCUUCCCAACGCACAAACCCUAGCUCCCUCUGGAUCAAAAGAGUCUUCCGUUUCCGCUAUAGCUUAAGCGUCUCUGUUUAUAAUAAUGAAUCGGAGAAGCCGAUCUUUAGCCAGGCAUUCCCUGCCUCGAUCCGAACCUUUCUUAAGGUACCUCAAACCCGGCGCCCUAGCUCGCCUCAGAGAUUCUCGAAUCAGCGCCAGAUCGCACCGAACCAGCUCUCUCUUCCAGAUCUCUCCGUCUUUGCCGUCGUCUAAUGAUGGUCAACUCUUCUUAUCUGCGGCCAUGGACGGAUUUCCUUGCUUUGUGCCGACAGCUAGAGUCUUCGGUCCCCGGUGUCUCCAGAGGAGAAAGUUAAUCGCGGCCAAGGGAAUGCUGUUUCAGAGUUCAGCACUGUCGGCUAUGGAUUUGCCAGAUCCGGUUGUGGAUUUGUUAGCUAGUGAAUGAAAACGUUUAAUCUGUGAAUUUGAGCUAGUUUUUUUAGCCAUAGCUUCUAGAUUCAGUUGCUAUUUUCUUGUUUCAUAAUUG